AUGGCCACAUGUGGAAUCAAUGUUUCUCAAAAUGAGCUGGUUCUGUUGCUGCUAGAUAGCGGUGCACAACAUAGUUUUAUCAGAGAAGCUACUGCGUCGAGGCUUGGACUUCGAUUCGAAGAUCCACAGUCCUUUACUACGAGGAGCUUCGGAGGUCAUACGACCACCGAAGUCUCAUAUUCCGUUACGCUUGUUGUUCUGCGCGACCAGAGUGGCGCACCAAUGCGCCUUACUCUUAGAACUCGCAGAGUUACUACGUCCAUUCGAGCAGACACCCACAUUUCUAGGGACACUGCCGAAUUACUGCGUCUGUCGCGUGCACAUAAUCAUUCUAUGUCCGAUAGGGACGUCGAUGUGGACAUUCUCAUUGGCAUAGAAUAUUAUUGGGAGAUUGUCGAUCCGACAAUAGCACGUCGACUAUCGUCAGGACUUACGCUUAUCCAUACGCGAUUCGGACCAGUAGCAUCAGGGUCGAAUUUACAAACGUGUGUGAAGGAUGAAGAAAUCGAGCCUGACAUAUCACGGCUCUGGGAUCUCGAAUUCAUGGGAAUCACAGAUAGCAUGAGUCCUCGUCAGGACGAGCAGAUGCUUCUCACGAAUGUAUUCCGUCGUGGCUUACUUAUUGAGUAG